UAAAGGAGCAGGCGAGUCGGGAGGAUCCAAUGGGUAGAGUGGUUCGGCCAGGUUUUUAGGUGGGCAGUGCGUAAGGCCGCUCUGGGCACGAGGGCGCCCAUCUCACUGGCCCGCUUGAUUCCGGGAGCAGAUCCGGGGCAGGAAAAGAGCGCCGGGUCAGGGGCCGCUGCCGCCGCCGCCGCCGCCGCUCCCGGGGGACUCUACCAGCCAGCCCGGAAGCCUGCGCUUUGCGGGCACACCUACUCAGGAUCAGAUCAACCAACGGCUUACCCUCUUACAGAGUCAGCUGAAAGUGACUUACCAAGUUUCUUCAAAAUGCCUGCAGCACUUGUGGAGAACAGCCAAGUUAUCUGUGAAGUCUGGGCCAGCAAUCUAGAAGAAGAGAUGAGGAAGAUCCGAGAAAUUGUGCUCAGUUACAGUUAUAUUGCUAUGGACACAGAAUUUCCAGGUGUUGUGGUACGACCAAUUGGUGAAUUUCGUAGUUCCAUAGAUUACCAGUAUCAGCUUUUACGGUGCAAUGUUGACCUUCUAAAAAUUAUCCAGCUGGGCCUUACUUUCACAAAUGAAAAGGGAGAAUAUCCUUCUGGAAUCAACACUUGGCAGUUCAACUUCAAAUUUAACCUUACAGAGGACAUGUACUCCCAGGAUUCCAUAGAUCUCCUUGCUAACUCUGGACUGCAAUUUCAGAAGCAUGAAGAGGAGGGGAUUGACACAUUGCACUUUGCAGAGCUGCUUAUGACAUCAGGGGUGGUUCUCUGUGACAACGUCAAAUGGCUUUCGUUUCAUAGUGGCUAUGAUUUUGGCUACAUGGUAAAGUUACUUACGGAUUCUCGUUUGCCAGAAGAGGAACAUGAAUUCUUUCAUAUUCUGAACCUUUUUUUCCCAUCCAUUUAUGAUGUGAAAUACCUGAUGAAGAGCUGCAAAAAUCUUAAGGGUGGUCUUCAGGAAGUUGCUGAUCAGUUGGAUUUGCAGAGAAUUGGAAGGCAACACCAGGCAGGCUCAGACUCGCUGCUGACAGGAAUGGCUUUCUUCAGGAUGAAAGAGUUGUUUUUUGAGGACAGUAUUGAUGAUGCCAAAUACUGUGGGCGACUCUAUGGCCUAGGCACAGGAGUGGCCCAGAAGCAGAAUGAGGAUGUGGACUCUGCCCAGGAGAAGAUGAGCAUUCUGGCUAUCAUCAACAACAUGCAGCAGUGAUGGUGUCGAGGCUCUGUAGGGCGGGCCUGAUCCCAGAGUGGUGCUUUUCUGCUGACUGUGUACUUCCCUUCCUCCCCAAGAGAAAAUGCUUCUUUUGAGCAAACUGUACCUACCAUCUGCGUUGAAAGACUUUUGUUGUAUUGAAGACAAAAGAUGUCUUUAUUUUAGAUCCAGAAGAGGGGAGUUGACUCUGAAUUUGUAAACAAGUCUUCCCUAUUCCUCAUCCCCAAGCCUCUCUCCAGUUGCUUCCUGCCACCAGCAUCCAUGGCUCAUUUGACACCUUUUUAAAUAUCCAGGACAAGUCAGAAAGACUAGUAAAAUAUAUAUAACUCUUUAUCUGUUGUCAUCCUUUUUCUUUUAAGUCUUGCUACUCUCUGAGGAUGAAGACUUUUUGAUGGGAUUCUCAGCUGAGCUGAGGGUUUCCAGGGAAAGUGGAACAAAAU